AAGCUAUAUAUAUAUACACUCCAUAUUUCGUACGUAUACCCCUUCACUCUUCUCUAUUCUUCUGCACUCAAUUCACGUUUCUCCCUAAUAUAAUACUCUGCUCUGCUUUAUUGGCGGCACUGCUCAGUUGAAGCUCCUCCCUCUUCGCUCUUCAGUGAAGAGUAAUGACGGAAAAAGGAGGGAAAGGGAAAUCGCAGCCUAAUGGAGGAAAAUCUGCUCUCAAAACUUCAUCUGCAAAAGGGAAGGAUGACAGCUCAGGAAAGACAAAGAAAGGAAGGAAAGUUCAAUUCGAUUCUGAUGAUUCACUGGAUGGGAGUUUCAUGAAAUCUAAUGGGAAAGCAGAUAAACCAGUUGGCAAAGGAGACAAGGUUGGAAAAAGUGGCAAAGGCCAAACUGCAAAAGCACCUACUCCUUUGGAGCUCAGGGUUGAGCAAGAAAUUUCUGGGAAUACUAAAUGCCUGCUGGAUUGUGAGGCUGCAGAAAUCUUGCAUGGAAUCCAGGAGCAAAUGGUUGUACUCUCUGAAGAUCCAACCAUAAAACUUCCUGUAUCAUUUGACAAUGGACUGAUGUAUGCACGAAGACACAAACUUUAUGAGAAUUCAAAGACGGUUAAACAAGCACUCCAACCUUUGAAGGAGCAUGGUGUAUCUGAUGGCGAGAUGUGCAUGAUUGCCAACUUUCACCCUGAAUCUGUUGAUGAAGUUUUUGCACUUGUCCGAUCCUUGAAGGGCAAGGAAAAUAAGGUGCAAGAGCCUCUAAAAAAUGUGUUGGAUGAAUUAGCAAAGCUUAAGAAGUCAUCAUAAGGCGUUUAGAAGGAGGUAUGAAGAAGAAGAAGGAUCCUGUUUUGUUAACCAUAUUAUGCAGACUCUAUUUUGAAAAUGAUGUCUCUCAUGUCUGCCAAAUUUUAACAACUAGGACUAGCCAUAUUCCACUUACAACCUCUAUUUUAUCUCCUUUUUUCUUUUCAUUGUACGAAAUUUGUAUGUGGCAUUGAUACAUACAUAUUUUGCUAGCUUUGAUGAAA